UGCGCGCGCGCGGGCGCGCUGAAGCGUCAUCCUUUCUUCCUCUCAGUGAACGCGCAUCACUUGUGUGAAAACGGCGCUCGGCACGCUGAACUUUCUUGUCCGUUCGGCUCCGCUCGGCUGCACUCGGCUCGGUUCGGCUCGGCUCGGUUCGCUCCGUCUGUUCCGAGGUGGUUUUUUUUCGUCUCCCGGUUCCGUUGUUGCUCCUCAUCCUCACUUUCGGCGUUUUUUCUUCCUGAUCUCUGUGACUCGGAGGAUCCACCGGGGCGAGCUGAGCUGGCUGGCGAACACUGGGCGAGGCUGGAGAGGAUCUUUCGAGCUCGCCGCUGCACCGACUGACGAACCCUCGCUGUCGCCAGAGCGCCGUCCGCCUGUAGAGCAGCAUCCACCCCGUGAGCUGAGCGUCAGUCGUCCCUGCCCUGCGGCCACGGACCACUACCAAUCCAGUGGAGAUGAAGCCGGAUGGGGUUGCCACGGCAGCACUGGAGCCGAUGGAAGGGUUGGAGUCCGACGCCGUGAAUGAGGCGGCGCCGGCUGCGGGACAGGAGCCCAACCAGGCGGCCAGUCCGGCCGAGGAGGAGGUGCCACAGAAGCCCGCGGCGGAGACGGGUCAGGAGGAGCCAGAGAAGGCCAAGGAAACCCCCGCCGCCAAGACCGGCAGCAAAACCUCAGGAGACCCCAAAGCCAAGACUGCCAACAAGCCCACGGCCAAGACAAAACCCGGCAGCGCCAAGACCACGCCCGGCUCCAAGACCGGCACGCCUCAGAGCCGCCUGUCCAAUGGCGUCUCCAAACCCCAGACCAACGGCGUGGCCAGGAAGACGGCCACGACUCCCGCCGACAAAAAGAGCACCACGACCCCAGCCCCCUCCAAAAAACCCGCGGGGACGACCGGAGCCGCCGCCGCCAAGAGCGCCGCCGCGAAAGUGGGUGAGAAGAAAGCCACGGGGGGCGCCACCAACGGGCCGAAGCCGGCGACCGGAACAGCAGCGGCCAAAAAGACCACGUCCACAGCUGCUAACGGUGUCAAAUCCGGCGCCGCGGCGGCUGCUGCUGCUAAAAAGCCCCUAGCACCCAAGACCACAUCUGCGACUUCCACCAAACCCAGCUCCGCAGCCAAGCCCGAUAAGCCUCCUGUUUCCAAGACGACCAGGCCGUCGACCGGCACCACGGCGUCGACUCGUCCCGCCACAGGUUCAACUCGGCCGCCCACUGCCAGCACUGCCAAGAGCUCCACAGCCACAGCCAAACCUGCCACCCCCAAAACCCCCUCCACCGCCUCCACUGCCAAGGCCGCUGCCACCAAAUCAGCCUCCACGACCCCCUCUGCUGGUAAAGCCCCGGCGUCGCAAGCAUCCCGGAGCGCAGCCCCUGUGAAGAAAGAUGUUACCAAACCCGCUGCCAGAAAGCCGGCAGACUCCCCCCUCACUCGACCUUCCUCCACAACGAAGUCGGCAAAGCCCGAGACCCCCAAGUCGGCCUCAAAAGCCGAAGCCACUGCCAAAAAGCCUCCCAGUAAGCCUGCAGACACAAAAACGCCCAACCGCUCCAAACCCCAGGAGAGCAAGGCCACGCCCGCCAAGACCCCCGUCUCCAAGGCCAAGACCUCCAGCCCCAAGAAGACCGUGGGAAGCAGCACCCCCACUCCGGUCAAACGUGGCCCCAAAGCCGCCGCGGCUGCCGAGCCCGAGAAGGAGAUCGCUGCUGCGGUGGCCGCCGCCGCCGCCAUUGCUACCGCCGCCGCCGUCAUGGCUGGACCAGAGGAACCAGAACCAGUAGAGACCCCUGCUCCCGCUGUGGAAGCUGCCCCAGAACCGGUCCUGCCUGCAGUGCGUGAGCCGAGUCCAGAACCCCCACGAGAACCAACUCCAGAACCUGUAAGAGUACCCACUCCAGAACCUGUUCGAGAACCAACACCAGAACCAGUCAGAGAGAUGUCUCCAGAACCUGUUCGAGAACCAACACCUGAACCUGUUCGAGAACCAACACCUGAACCUGUUCGAGAACCAACACCUGAACCCGUCAGAGAAAUGUCUCCUGAACCUGUGGUAGCAGUCCCGCCUCAGCCGUCGGCAGAGCCAGAACAGGAGCCAGAACCGGUCCAUGAAGCACCUCACCUUCAGAUGUCGGCUCACAUGGAUCCGCUGAAAUUCGAAACGUCUGUUCCGUCCCUGGGAACCACAGUGAUGUCUCCCCCCAGCUCCCCCCCCGGCCUGGCCUCACCCGUCAGGGAACCGGAGAGCGCCUCCUCCCUGCUGGACAUGCACGCCCAGCCGGAUCUCUGGGACCAGAACCAGGUCGUGGCUCCUUCUGAUCCAUUCAGUGCCCCUCAGUACCAGGCAGACCAGCAGAAGGACCUUUACCAGCAGUUUGGAGGAGCGGAGACGAGGGAGGAGGAGGAGCAGGAGGAAGAGGAGGAGGAGGAGGAGGAGGAGGAGAACCUGUUGAUGCCUACCUGCACUGCUCCAGUGGCCUUUGACGUUAUGGCGCAACCCAACCUGAUGGGCUCCUCACCCCGGGAGGAGUUCAGCCCCAGAGGACUGAUUUCCCCCAGUGACAAGGAGGAGGCCGUGGAAAAGGCUGAUCAGGAGAUCAAUGAAGAUGAUGAUGAGGAGGAGGACGAUGAAGACGAGGAGCAGAGGAGGCUCGGUCAUCAGCCUUCGUCCGUGAUCACCGACAUGAGCACGUCUCAGCCGUCUGAGGAGCUCCAGGCCCGGUCCUCGGCGUUCAGCGGCUCGGCCGGGUGGCACGGGGACGACUUCCUGUCGGGCAUGGACUCCGAGGACGUGAGCAGCUGCACCAGCAGCCGCCAGCAGGGGGUGUCGGACCUCAGCAGCACCCAGCACACCGCCAUCCUGGAGGGCACCCAGAGCUCCGACGCGCUGGUGGACACCAGCCUGCGCGGCUCAGACGGCGACGGCAACUUCAUGGGCUCCCCCAACGUGGAGACGCUCGCCAACGAGGAAGAGGAGGACGAGGACGACGAGCGCGUGGACGACAUGGACCUGAGCUCGGAGAGAGUGGAGGAGCCUCACAAAGCAUACCAGGACCAGGAGGAGGAGGACGAGGACGUGGAGAUGCAGAGUGAGGGCGUGACGGAGAGCUGCGGCAACGCCGACGAGGACGACUUCAACGAAGAGGAGCGUCUGGACAACCUGAACCGCUCCGGCGCCGCUCCGGCCGUCCCUCCGGCCUCGUCCUGGGGUCAGUCCAACCCCUUUGCCGACCCCUGGGCUCAGCCGGCCUCGCUGCUCUGCGCCUCCUCCCCCAGCCCGCUGUCCGACCACGGCGCCGCCGAGUCGGAGACGCCCACUCAGUCUCCAGCGCAGGCCUGUUUGGACAGCGGCGCUCCGUCCUUCGCCCCGCAGUCGGAGCAGGACCCGCAGGACCGCCGGUCCUCACACGAGCAGAUGAAGGACCCGGCGUCCGACGAGGGCCACGGUCUGCUGGCGGCGCCGGCGGUCGGCAUGUCUCAGUCCAGCACGCUGAGCGGCGCGGCUCUGGCCGCCCACAGCGGCAGCGAGACGAGCACGCCCGAGGACCUCCGCGACUACGACAGCAGCUCGGGGGUGGAGUCCCGGUCCGACAAGCAGCAGACGCCGGUGCCGGCGUCCGUCCAGCCCGACAUGGAGCAGGACCUGGGGAUCCACCUGGAGAAAGGGGACGGAGAAGAGGAGGAGGCCGAGACGCUCCCCGCCGACGAGGUGCUGGGAACCGGACCCCCGACUGCCCCGGCGUCCGUCCCGUCGUCCCCCUCCUCCUCCGGAGAUGAGGCCAGCGACACGGAGGGCGAGAUGCAGAUCAACGACCCCGACGCCCCCAUGACGAUGGACGAGAGCGCCGGCUUCGAGAGCCCCCCUCCUGCCCACAACCUGCCCGCUCUGGAGGAGGACGAGGAGGCCGGCGACGCCCCCGCCGGCGAGGGCGAGGAGGACGGGGGCGGAGCCACGCCGCAGUCCGCCAACUCCGUGGCGUCCUACGGCUUCGACUGCACCACGUCCAACUCCAACGCCCACUCCAUGGCGGAGAGCUGCGGGAAGAGCCCCGGCAUCUUCUCCCUGGAGAACGAGGAGCAGCUGCCCGACGAGGCCAAGGACCCCUCCCUCAUCAAGGAGCUGACGCUGCCGCCGGCCGCCGCCACCGCCCACGCAGACGACCUGCUGGGCCGGCCCGUGGACCUGAUGCCUCUGGGCCACCCGGGAGACAAGCACCUGGACGACCAGCACUACCUGCUGGGGGGGAAGAUGGCGGCGGAGGACGACGAGGACGAGGACCCGCUGGAGCCCCGGCAGGAGCAGCAGGACGCCAGCGACAGCCAGCCGCCGUACUACUCCAUUUCUGAUAAGACUGAUAGUUUUCUGGCAGGUAACGUAUAAGUCUCUCCUCUUCCCCCCGAAUGCACCUUUUCCCCGCAACCCUCCCCCUUACCUGUCGUUUGUUUUCUCUCCAGUUGGGUUAGAUGGCUUAGAAGAAGAAAAGGAGAGCGAGAUUGUUGGAAAAGAUUUUAAAAAAUAAACAAAUGAGAUGGUGAAAAAAAAAAAAUGACUGUAGCAAUUUUUAAAUGAAGCCUCUCUCUUUCAUACUGUUCUGGUCAUGGUUCUGAGUGUAUGGCUUAAACUCUUUAUGUACAAUAGCAACUACCAUUUUCUAGUAGAAUGUUCUUUUUAAGUAACACUGCAUAUUCUGUAGCCCCUGAGGGGGUAUUGACUGAUUGGUCCAAUGUGACUGAGCCUUUAAGCCGAAAAAGACAAAAAAAAAAAAAAAAAAAAAACUAAACAAAGGAAACCACAGAUGGAAUGAAAUGGACUCAUUGUGUAUUUAUCCUACUGUUUUUACCGAACAAAAUGUCAAUGAUCUUUUUUUUUUUUCUUCCUUUUGUAUUUGCUUAUUUGGGUUCUUUCUGUUU